AUGUGCACUGUUGACGAGGCUACUGACAACUCACGAUUCGUGUCAGGAGCACUCGUGAAGUCCUUGAUUGAAGGCUCGUACCUCUUGGAAGAAGCCACAAGGCUCGUAAAGGAACACCACUACCAGGCGGCAAUCGCAAAGCUGCACGAGACGGUCGAAGCCCUCGUCGGCCACCAGGUCGCGCAGCUCAUCCCGCUCUCGUCGCACAAUGGUGGGGGCAUGCAAUCGCCCAUCUACAUCGACAUGGACGUGGAGUGCAAGCUCAACAUCAUGCUGUGCUCGAACCUGUUCGUCGAGUGCUACCGCGCGACCGGGGACUAUGUGCAGGCGCUCAACUGGGCGGUGGAGAUGCACGCCAUCCUUCGCAACACUUACUUCACCAAACCGACUCCGUGUUUCGAGACCGUGUUGACGUCGGCAUUAACAGAGUGGCUUAACGUGCAUCUGCGUUCACAAAAGUACUGGGACG